UUGAGAAGAUAGACCUAGCCCUCCAGGACAGGGGCAUUUGGAAGGACUUUUGGAACAAAUAUAAACUGUAUAUUUGUUUACAAACAUGGCAAGUCCUGACCAAAUGAAAAGGUUUUCACUUCUUGGUGUCUCAUGCAUUCUUCUUGUCACUGUCGUCAGCGCCGCCUACGGCACACAAGGCCAACAGAAUGUUGGCAAGCUUUGUGAAUCAAUGCAGUACCAAGAAACCUGCCACAAGAGUCUUGAGAAGGCGUCGGGCCAAACGACCGAUGUUAAAGAGCUUUUGAAAGCCGCAUUCAAUGCAACAUCAGCGGAGUUGUUGAAACAUAUUAACAAUUCGACUCUCUAUCACGAGUUGGCGAAGGACAACAUGACAAAACAAGCAAUGGAUGUUUGCAAUGAGGUUUUGAAUUACGCUGUUGAUGGAAUCUCUAAAUCAGUCGGUAGAAUCGAUAACUUUGAUUUGAGUAAGUUGAAUGAAUAUGGUUAUGAUCUCAAGGUUUGGUUAACCGGUACACUUUCGCAUCAACAUACAUGUUUGGACGGUUUCGAGAACUCAACAACGAAAGCCGGUGAAACAAUGGCUAAGAUUUUGAAUGCUUCUUUGCAAUUAACUAACAAUGCUAUUGACAUGAUUAAUGUUGCUUCUGGAAUGGCUAAGGGUCUUGGCGAAAACACGAAUACUGGUAAAAGGAAUCUUUUGUCUCUUGAAUCGGAGAAACUUGUCGAUGGUUUUCCUUCAUGGGUUAGCGAAGGACAACGACGUCUUCUAGCCGAUGAACCCGUUAAGCCAAAUGCUGUUGUCGCGCAAGACGGUAGUGGACAGUUUAAGACAAUUGGUGAUGCUCUUAAGACUGUUCCUGCUGAUAAUGCACAGCCUUUUGUUAUUCAUGUUAAGGAAGGUGUUUAUAAGGAGACUGUUAAUGUUCCUUUGCAACAGACUUUUGUUACCCUCAUCGGCGAUGGUCCUACCAAGACCAAAAUCACCGGAAGCCUCAACACAGUUGAUGGUUAUAUCGCUUACAACACCGCAACCGUCGGUGUAAAUGGUGCAAAUUUCAUGGCAAAGGAUAUCGGGUUCGAGAACACAGCCGGGGUAGAUAAACAUCAAGCAAUAGCACUCCGCAUAACAGCAGACAAAGCAAUCUUAUACAACUGUCAAAUGGACGGUUUCCAGGCCACGCUCUUCGCCGAAUCCCAACGCCAAUUCUACCGCGACUGCACCAUCUCCGGCACAAUCGACUCCAUCUACGGCGACGCCUUUGGAGUUUUCCAAAACUGCAAACUAGUCGUUAGAAAACCAGAUGAGGAACAGGAAUGCACCGUAACAGCCAGCGGAAGAGUCAAAUCCGACAGCGCAAGCGCUCUCAUUUUCCAAUCCUGUCACUUCACAGGUGAACCAGAACUAGCAUCAAUAACACCCAAAAUCGCUUACCUCGGAAGACCAUGGAAGGCGUACGCCAAAGUCGUCAUAAUGGACUCAACCAUCGAUGACAUUUUCUCCGAAGAAGGUUACAUGCCAUGGAUGGGAAAAAUGUUCCUCGACACAUGUACUUAUUACGAGUAUAACAAUAAAGGUCCUGGUGCUGACACAAAAGGAAGAGUUAAAUGGCCCGGUGUUAAAACUAUAACCGCGACCGAAGCAGCUGAUUUCUACGCUGGAAAAUUCUUCGAGAUUGCUAAUUCAACCGAACGCGAUUCUUGGAUUGUGAAGUCUGGUGUUCCUUAUUCACUUGAUCCUUCACAUGCUAGCAGUAAUGAAGGCAUUAAGGCUGAGGCCGGAAGUAGUAAUCCGGGGGCUGGCAGUCAUUCUGGAGCUACAAGAAUGGAGACAUUUUACAGCGGCUUUUUCAUAGCAGCUGUAUAUUUGUUGGCAAAUAUGUGGAUGUAAUAAGGAUAGCAUAGCAAAUUGCUGUUUUUCACCAUAAGUAAUUGUUUUGAUGAUCCAUGUGAAUGUGGUAGCCAAUAAUUUUCAAUCUUUAACUAAUUCUUUGAA